GGGACCCCCACCACCCCUCUUGGCACCGCAUUUCUCUAGCUGUAUUCCCAAUCACAUAUUCCUCUGCAUUUCGCAUUAGCCACUUCUUUUGCUUAGUAAACCAUAUUUCUUGAAUAUACCAUGGCGUCUCCAAAAAUAUUCCUGCUUUACUUCGUUGUCAUCUUUUUCACAAUCAGCAAGAUUGCAAUUAUAAUCGAAGCAGAAGAGGACGAACACGGGUUAGAUGUGGUAAAUGAGGAUUUUGAGUUGCCAAUGUCCAUGUCUUUAUAUGAAGGCGAAAACCGGAGAUCCCUGUUCUGGCACAAGACUUUCAAGUACUACAUUUCGUAUGGGGCGUUGUCUGCUAACAGAAUACCUUGCCCGCCGCGCUCUGGUAGGUCAUACUACACUCACCACUGCUUUAGUGCUCAUGGUCCAGCUCACCCUUACACUAGAGGUUGCUCUGCUAUCACUCGUUGUCGUAGAUGAACAUUUCCUUACCAUCUUGUGAUCCCUGUCCAUUUCUAAAAUUGAGUGGAUUAAUUUCUUGAUGGUUUCUUUUUUAGUUUAUUUAAAUGUAUGUGUUGGUUUUUAGUUAGUGUGUGCGCUCUGCUGCUUGUCGAGUUAUCUUUAUUUUAGGCAUUGUUUUCAGUGUACGCUGCAUUGUGACAUAAUGUGUUUAUUUGUGUGUUUAGCUAGCCAGAUCAAUCGAGGGUAAUAACUUUUUUUAGCAAGCUAUGAAGCUGUCGCAGCAAAUUAAAGUUGUCUUCUGCAUGAAUACAAAGCAUUUUUGGUGGGUUGGUACUGA